CAUAACACACAUUGGGGCGGCAGUAGCUCAUCUGUAAGGAAUUGAACUUGGAGUAUUAAUAGGCCGAUCACCGGGGUUGAUGAUUUGGCGUUUUGACACACGGCCUUUUUUUUUUUUUUACUCCGGCGGCCGAUGAUUUAAUACCGGGUUAUUUGAGCUCUGAUACAGCCGCGGCGAGCCCUCCGUCUGUGACCUCUCUCUCCAGUAUUGGCCCGCUCAGAGCAGCAGCUGAUUGGUUACCUGUGCACAGCCACUGCACUCAGUAAAAGCCAAUCAGCGCGCAGUAAAAGCCGUGCAACGCGUGCACAAUGCUCUCAGUCUCACACACGGGACAGAGAAGAGAGAGUUUUACCAAAUGGAGACGGUCCAGGGAGCAAGUAUAUGUUUCAAAGCCUUCUGAAGAAGAUCCGUUGCGCCGCGCGGCACGCACGCCAAGUUGUGCACUCCGCGUCGGGCCAGUGAGGACGUCGAGCCCCCGAGAGGAGAGCACAGCUGGCAAUUCUGCGCGGGCAGACGCUAAUGACGAAGGCAAAAUGCUGGCGCCGAUCGUCUUUGACUCCGAAGAAGAGAAAAACCUGUCCGCGAUUCAACCGUCAUCUGACAAACUUGAUGACGCGGAGUCUCCCCCGAGAAAGUUCGUCUUCAGCAGCGGCAAGAACGGGUUGCGGGCGCAACCUCAUGAGAAAAGUCCCGUGGCCAGUGACAAGACUCUCCAAAUGCAAGCCGAGUCGGCGCAGCAGCCUCGUGUGCCCACUCUCGAGAAGGACUGUGAGGACGUUCACGGGGAGUCCACAGUGGAGAGCUCGCCUCCCCCCGUCAACAAAGACAUCUGGACCUUCCUGAAGAAGGGUCGAGACUCGGGCCAGUCCAAAGCCAAACCGAAGACCCUGACGCCCUCACCCCCUCCCGAAUUGGAGGACGAUUUCCUGAUUCUGGACGACGAUGUGCCUUUUCGCUUUUCCAUCCCCACUAAACCCAAAAGUAAGCAAGAAAGGAGCAAAAAGUCCAGCAGCGACAAAGGCAGCUCGCCGGACGGAGGCUCCGAGGACCACGGGCCGGAGACGCAUCUGCCCAGCCGCGAGUCAGCCGAAGAGCAGACGGCCCGCAAAAAAACCAAAAAGAACGAGCCGGCGCAUCGUGACGCCCCCCCAAAAAAGAAUCGACAGCGUCCGCGUGAGGCGACCGCCGACCGGAAAGUCGGACGUUCUUCCGGGGUGCCGAAGUCUUCAAAAGCCGGCAGAGACGAUCCCAAGAGCGGCAGGCCGGAUGCAAAAGCCAAAAGAAGGAAGGCGCGGCGUCACGCGCGUGCCGAUGCUGACCCGGCUUCCCCUUCAGAUUUUGACUUUGGGAAACUCGACCCUGCGCAGGAUUCGGCGGCCGGUAGAACAUUUGAACAAAACCAUCAGUCUGCUCCUAACGAGAGUUCCCCCGAAGCACAUCAGGUGCUGGGCAAGAGGAAAAGAAAUCCGCCCGGAGAGUGGUGGCUGAGCUGCCUUCGGAACGCGGAGCAGCCGGAGCCCAGAGACGACCGGCGAGAACCGGCCGAGGCCAAAAAAGGGCUCAAGAGCACGACGACCGAGAAGGACGGCGAAAGGGCCAAGGAGGGAAAGUUGAAAAAGAAAAAGAAAAAGAAAGGAGCGCUGAAGAACCCCGCCACCACAGAUGGAGCGGAAGACGGGAAAGAGCAGGAGCAACGGGGAUUCCCGGAGCAGGACUCCGCUCCUGUGCUCUUCAGUCCUCCGGAAUUCACCCGACGAGACCGGAGCCGCAAAUCGGAGGGUCACCCGCUCCCGCAAGUUUCAAGUAAGAAAAAAGUGUCCCGCGAGCCCACCCCGCCGAGUCCCACAGCAUCUUUCCAGCAGCCGGCGGAGAAACGACGAACCAGACCGCCCGGCGAGUGGUGGAAAGCCGCCGGCGCGCCGAAGGACGCCGAGGCGGAGUCCCUUCGGCUUCUCGGCCCGGCUCGCGAAAGGGCCGGCCUGGGCGAGGAAACAAAAGACCCCCGAAGCAGAACUCCGCCAGAAUCGGACGGAGGUGCCGUCGGACGUCCGCUCGCUCGAAGGGCGCCGCGGGUGCCCAAAAGUCUCAAAUCCUCUGUGGACCGUUUCUCCGGCCGGCCCUUACCCGGCAACGGAGACGCCGCCGGAAGUGAUGACGUCGCGGUGCGGGUCUACGCUCCCGACAACCACGGCGGAACCCCGGACGGCGUCUGCCCUUCGCAGGACAUAUUUCAUAGCGGGCCGGUGCGCAUGAUCGAUCUGGAACCGUACGACGACGCCGACCUCCCGUCGACCAGACAGCCUUCGACCGAGCUGUCCGUUAGCGACCUGUGCGCUCCGCCCCUCAAGCCGUUCUCCCUGCGGGCCGAGGACGAGGCCGACCUGACCGAGUGGCUCCGCUAUCUGUUCCCCACCACCCUGAAAGGAAAGAAGAACCAGAAUUUGGCCAACGUCUCCCCCGACCACUUUGACUGGUACUUCCACAAAAGCCGAGCCAUGGGCGUCGCGGAGGAUCUGCGUUGUGCGUCCUUCUCCCAAGGGAAAAUGCUCCUCGGCUCCUUCAUGAAGAAACCUCUGUGGGUGGACCACAGCGCCACCACGGUUUUUUUCCUGCUAACAAGCUCCGUCAGUGUCAUGGUAGACAACAUGGAGUCGUGUGUGCACGCGGGCAACUCCUUCAUGGUGCCGUGCGCACCGAAUCUUGCAGAGAUCAGAGAGGCAGGCAGGGGAGGAGAGAAGGAGACUUGGUGGUGGAACCUCACAGUACAGGAAAUCAUACGAGGAAAAAGGUUAGCAAAGAAGAAGUGGGACACUGAGAGGACCGAGGAGAGGCGAAAGGAAUACAUUGAGAUGCGACACAGGGCAAAGGUAGAGGUGGCAAAGGCCAAACAAGAGGCAUAAGAUGACACGUUUGCCUGGUUGGACACUAAAGAAGGAGAAAAGGAUCUUUACAGGUUGGUCAGACAGUGGGAGUAGAAGAGGCAAGUGUGGUGGACCAGGAAGUGGCAAUGAUUAGUAAGGGAAAUGAAGUUAGAAAGGCAUGAAACAUGGAAAGGCAGUUGGUCCUGAUGACAUUCCUGUGGAGGUAUGGAAGCAUCUAGGAGAGGUGGCUGCGGAGUUUUUGACCAGCUUGUUCAAUAGAAUUCUAGCGUCCCAUUUUUAAGAACAAGGGUGAUGUGCAGAGCUGUGGGAACUACAGAGGAAUAAAGCCUGAUGAGCCACACAAAGAAGUUAUGGGAAAGAGUAGUGGAGGCUUGACUCAGGACAAAAGUGAGUAUUUGCGAACAACAGUAUGGUUUCAUGCCUAGAAAGAGUACCACAGAUGCAUUAUUUGCCUUGAGGAUGUUGAUGGAAAAGUACACAGAAGGUCAGAAGGAGCAACAUUGUGUCUUUGUAGAUCUAGAGAAAGCCUAUGACAGAGUACCCAGAGAGGAACUGUGGUACUGCAUGCGGAAGUCUGGAGUGGCAGAGAAGUAUGAGUCUCUGCUAGGAUGAAGGGCAAAGUUCAUAAAACAGUGGUGAGGCCAGCCGUGAUUUACGGAUUAGAGAGAGUGGCACUGCAGAGACAACAGGAAGCGGAGCUGGAGGUGGCGGAAAUCAAGAUGUUGAGGUUCUGCUCUAGGAGUGACCAGGUUGGAUAAAAUUACAAAGGAGCUCAUCAGGGCGACAGCCGAGGUUCGAUGUUUUGGAGACAAAGUAGGAGACUUCAAUGGUUUUGACACGUCCAGAGGAGAAAUAGGGAGUAUAUUGGUAGAAGGAUGAUGAGGAUGGAGCUGCCAGGCAAGUGAGCGAGAGGAAGACCAACGAGAAGGUCGAUGGAUGUCGUGAGGGAAGACAUGAGAGCAGUUGGUGUUCGAGAAGAGGAUGCAGGAGAGUACAGGCUUACAUGGAAAAGGAUGACGCGCUGUGGCGACCCCUAAAGGGACAAGCCCAAAGGAAAAGAAGAGGAUACCGCUACAUCAAUGCUAUUCGUAAGCUCGCCUAUUGCGUUUUGCUUUAUGUGUUAGCAUUAAGCUAGCAGAGGUUUUUGCUUCAAUAAACAUGUAAUUCUCUUUGGCUUCUAAGUUUUGCUGCAAACUUUCCAAAACCAGGUUGACAGCUUUUCAAGAACUGCUUCCCAUCAGACUACACUGCACAGUCGGUGAACACAAUAUGUGUGUGUAUUAUAUAUGUAAACACUAUAUGGAAGGUGUUGAAGACGAGCAAAUUACAUGACGUUUGU